CCGGAAGGCGUACCGGGAACGUCACUUCCGUCCAUUUACGUGCUUACUGUGUAACCAGAAUAGGCAGACUGUGAGGCGCGAGCAUGGCUCUAAAUGCGGAUGAUGAAGACUAUAACUGGGAGCCACCAACAGAGGCAGAGAUGAAAGUUAUCCAAGCUCGACGGGAGCGUCAAGACAAAAUUAGCAAACUGAUGGGAGACUAUUUGCUUAAAGGCUAUAAAAUGCUGGGAGAAUGCUGUGAUGAGUGUGGGACUAUUCUUUUACAGGACAAACAGAAGAAGAACUACUGCGUUGCUUGUCAAGAGCUUGAUUCUGAUAUUGAUAAAGACAACCCAGCUUUAAACCCCCAGGCUGCCCUUUCUCAGGUACGUGAACGUCAGCUAGCCUCAAGCCUGCAAGGUAAUCAUGCUGAACCUGGAACAGCACACUCUGAUCCAUCACCCUCUGCAACUGUCCAGCCCAGACCAGAGCACUGUGAAGGUGCUGCCUCUGGACUGAGAACGGCUCCUUUUGCUAUUCCAAACUCAACACUGUCUUCAUCUGUCCUUGCUUCAAGCUCACCGCCACUUCCAGCAAAUGGUCCAGUUCCUGUUUUUUUAAACUCUUCUCCACCAGGAGCACCCUCCCAUAGUGCGCUGGACUGCGCCGAAGAUGUGCUGCUGCAAAAAUUGCAGUGGGCAACAAGGGAACUACAGCAAUCUAAUUCAGUUGAGAGUAGUAUUCAGCUCUGUAAUCUGCUGCGUAGUUGUGCAGAGUCACUGCGCAGCAUCAAAGAACUGCAGCAGCUCUGAUUUCAGACAAAUAAUUUAUUUUCCAGCUUGCUACUGGGAGUUACAAUUUAGUUUUUAUUUCAAAUGCCAAAAGGUGUCACAUGUACAUGUAUAAAUAUGCCACAUUGGAUAGUUUUAUCAUGUAUAAGAACACUGACACUGUAUUUUGCUUCAAUAAAAUAUCUGGAAAGUUAGUUAUAUUAGUAGAUCAAUUCUGGUAAAAGAUUUAAUAUGUUUGCAUUAUGAAUGCAUCUGUUUUUGACAGAUUUGUCCAUGUUGUAGACCUUGUAAAACAACUUGGCAAGGACUUUUGGUGGGUUGUGUGGAAGAGAGUCCAAAAAUAUUAUGAAUGUAUGUAUAGCUAUUGUCUUUUGUCAUAUAUAAAUGUGUAAAGAACAUUACUGGGUAGUUUAAAAAGUUAAAUUUUGGUUAAAGGAAAGCUUUUUUUUAUUAAACAAAUACACGAUUUAUCCGGUGAUAUAUGUAAUGAUCAUAUAAAACUAAGUACCCCAUUCUUAUUUUAUGUGAGCUGAGGUUUAGGAAGCAUCUUCAACUUGUUUUGUAUUUCCUCAGUAUUUAUGAUACAAAACCCAUUAUAUCUUUGUUACAGAAAGAAGUGGUAGAUUUGUUAUUCUUUAUUUGAAAUGCUAGGUUUAAAAUAGUUAAAAAUAUUUUUGUAUUAACAAACAAUCCAGGUACCUUCCAAAUUGUAGAGGUCUAAAAAUUGAGGUGAGGAGUGGUAGUCAACUAGGAAAUGUAGAAACCAAAUUCCGUGCUUUCCUUAUGCAGACAAAAUAUUGUAACUUAAAUAGAAUUGUCUUUUCUUUCCAGUGCCUGUAAUCUAUAGUCAGCUAUAAUGGUAUUUCAUCCCCAUAAAGUUAACUUACCUGUCAGAAUUGUUUUAGCAAAAGAAACUGAUACUCCUAUGAUUUUACUUAGUUUUGGAAUAAAUAUAACUUGUUCUGUCCAUUUAAUUUGUUUAAUGCCUUGCUACAGAAUACUAAUUUUGAACAACUUGCUUAAUUUUUAUAAUGAUGGGUCUUUAGGAACCUUUCAUAAAGGAUGGUACUUAGUUAUGUUUUGCCAGCAGAAUAAUUUUGCUGUACCUUCUUUCUGUUGUGCUUUGGUAUAUCACAGGAAUAUUUCAGAGAAAGUGAAUGUUAAAAUUUUUCAAAAGGAGGUAAAGGUAGAAAAUAGGCUGAUAAUGGUUUGGUGUCUUUUUUGUUAAAAUUUAAACAACUUUGCUGGCAUUAACAAAUAUUUAUGUAGAUUAUACUGAUUAAACAAGUGAUGCAAGCCUGAGUCUACCAAUAAAAUUUCCAUUAAAUA